UUCUAUUCCAAUUUACCCUUCAUCUUUAUAAAAUAUAUCCUAGGGUUUCUCAAUGGCCGCUGAGGUUGAGUACAGGUGCUUUGUUGGUGGCCUAGCAUGGGCCACUACUGACCAAUCCCUUCAAGAAGCGUUUAGCCAGUACGGUGAAAUCAUCGAUUCGAAGAUUAUAAAUGAUCGCGAGACUGGAAGAUCUCGCGGCUUUGGAUUUGUGACUUUCAACAACGAGAAGGCAAUGAGAGAUGCGAUUGAUGGAAUGAACGGCCAAGACCUUGAUGGGCGUAACAUCACCGUGAAUGAAGCACAAUCCCGCGGAAGCGGCGGUGGCGGCGGUGGAGGUUACGGAGGUCGCCGUGAAGGUGGCGGAGGCGGUUACAGCCGUGGUGGAGGUGGAUAUGGAGGUGGUGGAGGUGGAUACGGUGGCGGUGGUUAUGGUGGUGGACGUGACCGUGGGUACGGUGAUGGUGGAUCAAGGUAUUCUUCCAGGGGCGGAUCUGAUGGUGGUAGCUGGAGGGAUUAGGUUUGGGAGGCACUUG